AAGGAGACUGCAGACAUGCUCAGGUUUCUUCUGUUGACUUCUCUCGCAGCCCUGGUGCUGGCUGAGCUGGAGCCCCAGCCCAGGUACCUGGAGGACACUGUUGAGGAGAGAGUGGUGGGAGGUGAGGUGGCCAGACCCAACUCCUGGCCCUGGCAGAUCUCUCUUCAGUACAAAUCUGGCAGCAGUUUCUACCACACCUGUGGAGGAACCCUGAUCAGACGUGGAUGGGUCAUGACCGCUGCUCACUGUGUGGACCGCUCCAGGACUUGGCGUGUUGUUCUCGGAGACCACAACAUCAACUCCCACGAGGGCAGGGAGCAGUACAUGAGCGUGAGCCGUGUCUACCUCCACCCCAACUGGAACUCCAACAACGUCGCCGGAGGGUGGGACAUUGCUCUCCUGCGUCUGUCCUCUGAUGCUACUCUCAACAACUACGUCCAGCUGGGUGCCCUCCCUCCCUCCGGCCAGGUCCUGCCCCACAACAACCCCUGUUACAUCAGUGGAUGGGGACGCACCCAGACUGGUGGUCAGCUUUCUGCUCAGCUCAAACAGGCCUACCUUCCCGUCGUGGACCACAAGACCUGCUCUAGCUACGGAUGGUGGGGCAGCACUGUCAAGAACUCCAUGGUCUGCGCUGGUGGCGGCAGUGAGUCUGGAUGCCAGGGUGACUCUGGUGGCCCCCUGAACUGCAGCGUCGGUGGCAAGUGGGUUGUCCACGGUGUGACCAGCUUCGUGUCUUCUUCUGGCUGCAACGCCUACAGGAAGCCCACCGUCUUCACCCGUGUCUCUGCCUACAUCAGCUGGAUGAACAGCAUCAUGGGUUGAGGAGAAGGACGAUCACCAUGGAGACAAGACAC